CUUUCUUUUAGUAAAGUUAAUGGGAGAGUCAGUCAGUCACUGAUUUACAUUUAUGUUGGAGUUUCUUGGUUGAUGAUAUUUUCAGAUAUGAUGCCUGGAAAGCGAAGUUUAAGACGAUCAGAGGGGAAAAAUGCUAGUGGUGAGAAGUAUAGAGUUGCUGGUCAUCUUAAAUCUUCACAUUUUUGGUGUCAUUUUAUCUGGGAUGUACUACUACAUUAUCAAAUACAUUAACAGAGACACCAUGGAUGAAGAUUCAGACGACAAAGACACCAAGAGAAAAUCGAGGAAUUUAAGUGAGAAAAAACGUAGGGACCAAUUUAACCUCUUGGUGAAUGAAUUGAGCUCAAUGGUGGCGACAGGUGGACGGAAAAUGGAUAAGUCAACGGUAUUAAAAGCUACAAUUUCGUUUUUAAGAAACCACAACGAAAUAGCUAUGCGUUCGCGUAUCCAUGAAAUCCAAGAAGAUUGGAAGCCGUCAUUUUUAACUAACGAGGAAUUUACACAUUUGGUUUUGGAAGCAGUAGAUGGCUUUAUUGUGGUCUUUUCUACAUCGGGUCAGAUAUUUUAUGUUUCAGAGAACAUUACCUCCUUGCUUGGUCAUCUUCCGAAUGAACUUUUGAGUUCGACAAUUUUUGAUUUAGUUUGGAACGAGGAGCAUAAUAACUUGUACAACAAUUUAUUUAAUCCUGUGGAAGAGAAAGGUCAAGUUUGCUUUUCAUGUCACCUACGCAAUGGUAGAAAAGAUUUGAAUGAAGACAGUAGUUUUGAAUUAGUUCACUUUGUAGGCUACGUAAGAUCGGACGCCGAUGGGGUACAUGAGGCUAAUUUUAGCAGUGCUUUUUCUACAGAGAUCGACGCAACAAGAAUGGUGUUCGUGGGUAUUGGUAGAAUUCAGGCGCCACAGCUAAUUCGUGAAAUGUCUAUAGUCGAUUCCAAUAAAAAUGAGUUCACUUCUAGACACAGCUUGGAGUGGAAGUUUUUGUUUUUGGAUCAUCGAGCGCCGCCAAUAAUUGGCUAUUUACCGUUCGAAUUACUCGGUACUUCUGGUUACGAUUACUAUCACGUCGACGAUUUAGAAAAGGUCGUGAGCUGUCACGAAGCGUUGAUGCAAAAAGGAGAAGGUAUGUCGUGUUAUUAUCGAUUUUUGACGAAGGGACAACAGUGGAUCUGGUUGCAGACCCGUUUUUACAUCACUUAUCAUCAGUGGAAUUCAAAACCCGAAUUUAUCGUGUGCACUCACCGAGUGAUCAGUUAUGUGGAUGUGCUAAAGUACAAUAGAAAAGAACAUGGUGUUGAAAUGACCCGUGGUAAAAAUUCACCGACAGCGUCUGCUGCGAGUAGCAGUGCAUCUGCUACAUGGGACAGUAAAUCAACUAAAAGAAGACAUAGUCAAGAGGAGCAACCAUCCGAUUGCACUUCGAUGUCCGCAGAUUCUCCAACUUCUAGGCUGUCUGGUUCUGUACAACAGCAGCAACACCAACCAAUGAGACCCUCAAGUGUCCAACGGAAGCCGUCAGGCUCCGUUUCAAAUUGUUCUGUAGAAUACAAGACGUUGGUUGAAAAUCAGUCGAAAUCGUCGAUCUCAACGUUCGCCGAACCGACACAGAGCACCACGUACGUCAGUGCUAAUGUGAAUUCACAGCCCCUUAUGGAAAAUUACUCGCCUUCAACCGUUUUAUCUCAUAUACCGCCGGUGGAAAUGAGUCCAGCACAAAGCCAGUUGCAAGCAGAUUUGCAGCGUAAGCACGCCGAGUUGCAGGCCUUAAUAGGUCAGCAGCAGGCCGAAUUAAGACGCGUUUCGGAACAACUAUUGAUGGCUCGAUUGGGACUGUUGCCCGUACAAGAUGCUGCGACAGAUCUCCAUCCGCAGCUCACUAGCAAUAACCCCUCGCAGAUCGUCAGUCAUUGCCAGUAUGGACCAAGCAGCAUACCGUCGGCUGGAGUGAUUCAUGCCCCUAUGUCGCACAUUCAGCAACAGGUGACGGUUUCUUGUUCGUCCAGUUCCGCGUCUUCGCAACAAUCCCAUCACAGUAGUGUCCCACCUCUACCGCCUCAUCCUCCUCCGCCGCCGCCGCCGCUUCCAGUAUCAUCCCUGCAAAGUCAUCCUCACAUUCAUCUCCAUCAUCACCCUCAACACCAACAACAACAACAACAACAACAGCCAGUAUAUGCGGUGCAGCCGCUACUGGAUUCUGAAUUAUCGAUUACGACGCGCUUUCACAACAGAAACGUGGUGCCACCUUCCUCACAGUCGACGGUCGUAACCGGCUUGGCUAUGUCAUCGAUACCUUCUGACGACGUUUCCCUUGUGGCAAGCUCAGAUGAUGAACUAGUAAGAACUUAUCCACCGCCAGAUUCGAAUUCCUCGACGGUUAGUAAGUGAAGACUAUAGUUUGAAUUUUUGUUUUUUGUACUUUCGCUGAAGACGAAGCAAAUGACAAGUGCAAUAUAUGUAGUUGUACAGUAUAAUACAACGCGUGAAACGAUAGUAUACCGUGAAGAGAGUGAGCGUGACAUCAAAAUAGUGACAUGUUAUAGUGAAACGAUGUCAUAUGCAUGUGUUUUAUAGUUCGCCUAGACGUUUUAAUUAUACAUAGACAUUCGUUAUACUUUUGUUAUUUUAAAGUAAAAGUAAAAGAAGGAA